AUGAAUGUAUGCGCGGGGGAUUGGUUCGACAAGAAACGAGAUGAUGAACAAGAUGAGUAUGAAAAAGGAAAUUCAUCGAGCGAUUGGAUGGAAGGGCGCGUCGAUGCGUUAGAAAGGUUUUCUAGGACAUCACAAAGUAUCUUAAAUAAGAGAAUCUUUGCUAAUCUUGAAAGUCAAAAUGUGGCCAAAACUGACUCUGAAAAAAGGAUCUCUUCUUUGGUCGUUGUCAAAUAUGAUAUAAACAAUUUUCAAUGCUAUAUAUCAAAUUUGACGGAUCCGUGGACGAAUCUUGCUGUUGAAGAAUGGCAUACUGAUCCCUCGACUGUCUUACUCUAUUUAUGGAGAAACAUUGGCUGUGUGGUAAUUGGAAGAAAUCAGAAUCCAUGGAAAGAAUGUAAUGUACGCCUUUUACGAAAUGACGGCAUUCCUAUUAUAAGAAGAAAAAGCGGUGGUGGUACUGUCUUUCAUGAUCUUGGAAAUACUAACUAUACCGUGAUAACUCCUCGUCAAAAUUUUACUCGUAAACAUUCGGCUGAAUUGGUAGCACGUGCCCUCAGAAAAAGACUUGAUAUACCUGCACAUGUUAACGAAAGACAUGAUAUUGAAAUUGAAGGCCUUAAAAUAUCCAAUAUUGUUUCAAAAGGUGUUGAAUCAGUUUUAUCACCUGUAACAAAACUUCGAAAUUAUUCUUUAACCGUGAAUCACAAAUCAUUUUGUGAUGUGGUAUUACAAGAAUUUUUUGCUCACUAUCGUGGUGACAUUAAUAAUGUAAUUAAUAGUCAUAUGCAGCCAAUAAUCGUUGAAGAAGAAUUAUUAUCAAACAUUCCCAAGAUUAUAGAUUAUCGUGAUGAAUUAAAGUCUUGGGAUUGGACAUUCGGUCAAACUCCUGAAUUUUCUCUCGAAUUUGAAAAAACUUUUCCUUGGGGUCAUGUGAAAGCUUUCAUAAAAUCUAAAAAUGGUUUCAUAUAUGCAAUAACUUUAUCUCCAUCAACAAUAAAAUAUGAAAACUUGAUUAGUACUUUGGAAGAUUCGUUAGAAGGCACAAAAUACGAUCUUACCUCAGUAUCUCAAUCACUUUCAACAUUAACGUUAUCGGAUAUUCAACUGAUGCCCAUAUUGAAUGAUCUUAAAAACUGGAUACAAGAUUCUCUCUAA